UGCUGCUCUCCUGCUGGUUGCCAGGUGGGUGUCCCCAGGCAAGUAGGUCUGGCUCUGAGCUCCAGGACUGGGUGCAUCCUCCCGCCAUGGCCGCCACCGCCUCCCCUCUUCUGCCCACCACCAAGGUGGCCAGUUCUGAGAACAGCAGCUCCUUCUAUGACUAUGAGUACUACCUGGAGGACAUGAUCUUCAUGCUGUGUAGGAAGGACGAGGUGCUGUCAUUUGGCAGAGUCUUUCUACCUGUCUUCUACAGCCUGAUCUUUGUGCUGGGCCUGGUUGGAAACCUCCUCCUCCUAGUGGUCUUGCUCCGGUUCGUGCCUCGAAGACGGAUGACCGAGACCUAUCUGCUGAACCUGGCCAUCUCCAACCUCCUGUUUGUGGUGACACUGCCCUUCUGGGGCAUCUCUGUGGCGUGGCAUUGGGUCUUUGGGAGCUUCUUAUGCAAGGUGGUGAGCACCCUCUAUACCGUGAACUUCUACAGUGGCAUCUUCUUCAUCAGCUGCAUGAGCCUGGACAAGUACCUGGAGAUUGUCUGCGCUCGGCCCUACCACCGACUGAGGACCCGAGCCAAGAGCCUGCUGCUGGCAGCCACUGUGUGGGCUGUGGCCCUGGCUGUCUCCGUUCCUGACAUGGUCUUUGUGAGGACACAUGAAAACUCCCCGGGCGUGUGGGAGUGCUAUGCGGAUUUUGGGGGACAUGGGACCAUCUGGAAGCUCUUCCUCCGCUUCCAGCAGAACCUCCUGGGGUUCCUCCUCCCCCUCCUCGCCAUGAUCUUCUUCUACUCCCGCAUUGGCUCUGUGCUGGUGAGGCUGAGGCCCCCGGGCCAGAGCCGGGCCCUGAGGAUGGCCGUAGCUCUGGUGGUGGCCUUCUUUGUGCUGUGGUUCCCGUACAACCUCACCUUGUUUCUGCACUCGCUGCUGGACCUGCAAGUCUUUGGGGACUGCAGGGUCAGCCAGCACCUGGACUAUGCGCUGCAGGUGACGGAGAGCAUCGCCUUCCUGCACUGCUGCUUCACCCCCGUCCUCUACGCCUUCUCCAGCCACCGCUUCCGCCAGUACCUCAAGGCUUUCCUGGCCGCUGUGCUCAGAAGGCAACAGGCCCUGCCGUCCAGCUGUUCUGAGAGUAGCGGGCUCACUGCCCAGGAAGAUGUAAUGGGCAUGAGUGACCUUGGGGAGAGGCAGGCUGAGAGCUCCCCCGACAAGGCUCUGAUCUCGAGCGGACUGCUGAGACUUGACUGCUAAUCCUGCAGUAUACUUGCUGUGU